AUGGUUGGGAAUGGGAAUGGGGAUGCUAUGUAUGUAUGUAUAGUUCAGGAGUUGAGGGGGAGGUAUGGAGAGGUGUUGAGAUUACCUGAUAUUUAUGUGGUGAGUUUGAUGGAUAUGACUGUUUUUCAGAGUUGUCAGAUGAGUAUGGUGGAUGUGGUAAGAAGGAGGGGGAGGAGUUUAAGGGUUAUGAAAUGGAGAUGGGAUAUUCAUUCUUCAAGUCUGACUAGGAGGGAUGAAUCGGGGAAGAUAGUUUUGAAGGGUGCUGGGAAAUACCAGGCAUCAUUUGGUGGAGGGAUGAAGCGCUGGCUCUCGCUCACCACUGGCAUGGCUUUAAAUCUCACUCUUUUCCAUGCCAACGUGUCAAAUCCGACUUGUCCAUAG